AUGGGUUCAAUAUUAAACCCCUUGGAAGGCCUCCCGACUAAACCCGCAACAGGACGGGACUUCAUCCCGAAGCGCGCGUCCUUCGGGCGUGCAAAGCUGUCACGCUUACUCGGGAGUAAGACUCAUCUCUCCCAUUCCGCGGGGGAAUUUGCACGGGGGCUGGAGACGCUGUGGGCGCACGGUGCGCGCGCGCGUGUUUGGCAACUGUGCCGGAGGAUAAAAAAAAAAAAGGUCAGCGAAGGAGCCGGCGCGCACCCUGGCACACGCUCACACACACAGAGGCGCACACACGCCAAGUACAAGCGAGUGCGAGGCAUGCGCAUUGAGCGGAUGCCAUAUUGGAAGGAGUGUGGAGCAGCGGCGGCGGCGGCGGCAGCGAGCGAGGCGGGCGCGGAUCGCGCUGGCGGGCGGCUGGCGCGGCGGGGGCUGCGCCCCUUCGACGCGGGGGAGGGAUCGCGGGGGAGGGAAACUUCGCGCAGGUAAGGCGCGGCCCCGCGCAGCGGCGCGCGGAUCUACCCGGGCUGCAUCUAACGGAAGGUGGGGUUUUUUCCCCUCUCCCCCCUUUUUUCUUACGGAGGAUGGACCGAUCGCGGUGGUUUUUUGGGGGGCGGCUUCUCUCUCUUCAUCCCCCCCGAUUUUUUGGGUUUAUUAGCAUGCGUUCUGCUUUGCGCAGAAAAAGCUGACAAGGACCCCCCUAAAAAGCAAGUUAUUGCAAAGUGAUUUGUUUUUUGAAUGUGUUUUAAUCUCGCCGUUCUGCUAGAAGUCCGUCGUCCCCGCUUCGAAUGCGCAGCCCGAUCCUGUGCACGCUUACUCGGAAGUAGUAAAAGUGCCUCUCUCGUCUUUCCUCCUGCCUGAGGUUCCAGGCGGGCCGUGCUAUCCUAUGCAUGUUAACUCGGAAAUUAGCCCUUCCAAGUUCAGGGUUCUCCUACGUAUUGUUGUGCGCCCGAUCCUACGCAUGGAGUUCUAGGCGCGCCUAAACCCGCGCUUCAUUGUGGAUUACAUCACGCUGGGUUGCAUUUCUUUGGGGAGGUGUUGCGAUCCAAUAUGCACGCUUUUUUCCCUAGGGUGGUCCGAUCCAUUGCAUGCAAUUGGACCUACUUCUGCGUAAAGAUGCAUCGGGUCCGCUGCUGGUUGUGUGUGCGUGCGCGGGCGGGCGCGCAUUUUUCUCUGUGUUGAGGUAUUCUUUUUCCUUUUGCAAGGCACGUUUCUGGAUCUGUGCCCUAGCGAGUAGAGAUGAGCGGAAUGCGCGGCUCGUGUUUAAUGUCAUCGCGUGGAUACUCCAGUUCCUAUUUGGAAACGCGCCAGAUUAACCGAAGAGUGGCCCCCCUACCUUUUUUUGGGGACAUGCUUAUCUCAUAAAAAAAAAUCUAAUGUGAUCUCGGCUUAGAAUUUACUG